UCCUCCCAAUCAUGUGAUUCAGGUGUUCCAAUCUCCAUAUCAUGUGAUUCAGGUGUUACAAUCCCCUCCAAUCAUGUGAUUCAGGUGUUCCAAUCCCCUCACCAAUCAUGUGAUUCAGGUGUUCCAAUCCCCUCCCAAUCAUGGGAUUCAGGUGUCCAAAUCCCCUCCCAAUCAUGUGCUAUCAGAUGUUCCAAUCCCCUCCAAUCAAUUGAUUCAUCUGUUCCAAUCCCCUCCAAUCAUGUGAUUCAGGUGUCCCAAUCCCCUCCCAAUCAUGUGAUUCAGUGUCCAAUCCCCUCCCAAUCACGUGAUUCAGAUGUUCCAAUCCCCUUCCCGAUCAUGUGAUUCAGGUGUUCCAAUCCCCCUUCCAAUCAUUGAUUCAGGUGUUCCAACCACUAUCCAGCAAUCAUGUGUGAUUCAGGUGUCCCAAUCCCCUCGACCAAUCAUGUGAUUCAGGUGUUCCAAUCCCCUCCCAAUCAUGUGAUUUCAGUGUUCCAAUCCCCUCCAUCAAUGUGAUCAGGUGUCCCAAUCCCCUCCCAAUCAUGUGAUUCAGUGUUCCAAUCCCCUCCAUAUCAUGUGAUUCAGGUAGUUUCCAAUCCCCUCC